AGCCAUUGGUUCAACAUUGAAAGCCUUAAACCGUCAGCAUGAAGAGCCGCGGCCGCGUUUGGGUUUUAUGCAUUGCCCUGCUCCUGGGACGAGCUUUUGUGCCUCCCAUGGUUGAAACUUCCAGGGUCGAGACGCAGCGGCGUGCUAUGUUCUUGGGUAUGAUGGCUGCAUCAGUCCCUACACAAGCGAACGCGGACACGAAAAGCGCAGCAAACAAGCUGAAAGAGUGCGAGGCAGAAGUGAAUCGUAUCUUGGGAGGUCUGUCCACUUCGGCCUCAAAUGUCCUCGCCAUGACCCCCGCACAGGUUGGGGAAGUCAACACGAGGGGCCCUCCCAAAAUGGGCAGCUUCGAAUCCAGCGACGGACCCUGUUCCGCAUCUGUCCUUCGGACAGCUGCUGAAGCUCUUGCCAAGUCACCUCCGUCAGGUUUGAACCGACAAGAGCGUGAGAAGCUGGAAGCUGGGCCGAAGCGAAUUGUGGAAGCUCGCGAAGCCAUUGUUGAAGCCAAUAAGCAGAAGCAGGGAGCACGGCUCUUCGGUGCCGCUAAGAAAUACAUGGAAGCUACGAACUCACUUUUAGUAGCGGCUUCUUGAGAUCUCACUGCUGACGGCUAAAAUGCUCCGCUCAGCUCAUCGAAAGGCUGGAAGACCAAGAUAGCUUGGUCUACUACUGUAUUCUAGAUUUUUCUACAGUCGCAUGCUCUUUGUCAUU